UCAUCAAACUUAGCUAUCUUCGCUCUGUCCGCCGCUGCAUCUCUCUGUCUCCCUUCUCCAGACUCUUCAAAGUUCAAACUCACUCUUUAAAGUACCUACAGAGACAAAUCUCUUCAAAAAUGGCUUUUGCUGCAAAACCUACUAAUGGUUGCCUAGCUUCAGUUAAAUCACUCUUCAAUCCUCCUUCUAAAGCUUCACUCUCACACCCAUCUCUCUCAAUCCCUUUCAAAUCCAUUAAACUACAAAUUUCUUGCUCCAACGCUUCCACAAUUCCACUCUCUCUCAACAGGAAAGAGCCUCUUCUGAGAGUUUCUGUCAUCGCCGCUCAGCAAGAAGAGGACAACCCUGUUCUCUUCGACGGAGAGGCUGAUGGCUUCGUCGAGGAAGCCAAAUUGUAUGUGGGAAAUUUGCCCUACGACGUCGAAAGUGGGGAUUUGGCUCUGAUUUUCGAGGAGGCUGGUACUGUCCAAGUAGUCGAUAUUAUUGUCAAUAGGGAAUCUAACGAGAGUAGAGGGUUUGGAUUCGUGACGAUGAGUAGUGUGGAAGAAGCUGAGAAAGCUGUGGAAAUGUUCAAUCGCUAUGAUCUCAAUGGCCGAUUGUUGACUGUUAGUAAGGCGGCUAAAAGAGGAACAAAACCCCCUGCUCGAGUGUUUACACCUCGUUACAGGAUAUAUGUAGGUAACAUGCCUUGGAGUGUGGAUGACGAAAGCCUUGAGCAGAUUUUUAGUGAGUACGGUACAGUUGUGAGUGCUCGUGUCAUCACGGAUAGAGAUAGUGGAAAAUCUCGUGGUUUUGGCUUUGUAGUGAUGUCAAGUGAAGCUCAAAUGAACGAUGCCAUUGCCAACCUCAAUGGAGCGAAUUUGGAGGGUAGAACAAUAAGGGUGAAUGUGGCUGCAGAUAAACCACCAAGAGACAGUCUCUGAGCUGUGCAACAUGAGUCUCAGGCUAUUGUGACAGAUUUUAUUCUUUUGUGGUAGAUUACCAUCGAUGUGCUAUUGUGACAGUUUUGUUUUCAUUAAUCUUUUGAUGCCAAUGUUUUUA